UCAGCUAUGUGACGUUGAAAGUUUUAUUUUCCACCAUUCGAAAAAACGACCGUCACGAACAGGGAAAUUUUGAUCCGAAAUUAAAGAAUUUUAUAUCGAAAAAUUCGUCAACUCUGCUAGGUACACUUCAUCAUAAGUUAACAGUGCACUGCUUGAGCAUAAAAAGUGAACUCCAAUCGAUCCAGUAUGGUGUGAAAAAGUGACGAAAACGACGGCAGUCAAUCGCCCCUCGAACGCGAUACUGCAAAGGAAUCCCUUUAGCAAGUUUUUCCGUUUUUCACCUUCCGCCGCACCGCCCUUCUCUCCCCGUCCCUUCCCAUCGUGGUCUCGCUCUCGCGUUCAAGCUCGCCCAGAGGGUUCUUUCUUCCUCGGAAAAUCUUGCUCGCAGUGGGGCAGAGUCCUUCCCGACCUACCAGCAUACAAAUCGCUCGGGACGGGAGGAAAAUCGACGUCGUCGUCGUCGUUGUCGUCGUCGCCGCGGCAAGGAGAACGUCAUGGAGGACGAAGAACGGUUUUACGGAUUUUCCCUGUGCUCAGCAUAAAAUUGCGAAAAUUUCAGUAGUGCAGACAUGGAAACUUGGAAGUGCUAGAAAAAAAGUGUAAAGGGGGGCGAAAAUUGACGAGUUCGUAAUGGUGGAAAAUUUUAGCCUGGUGUCGUAAAUGAAGGAAAGGAUUGAUGCGUCCAGAGGACAACGAAAUGUUGAGUUAACAGCAGUAAUGGUAGUGUCAAGGAAAAUUCUUUAGGAUCGUUCUUUGCCUACAAGAACGACGUGUAUGCUUAAGGUGAAAAAGGUGGCAAGAGAGAAAAAGUGAAAAUUGCUCGAUAGUGAAGAGCGAGGGAUUUAAUAAUUAUCAAAAUAUUUUUUUCGCCACUAAUCGAUAUUUCUAAUCUUCGUCGACAUUGUUAUUGUUGUUGAUGCUUUGAGCAACGCUGGUCUUCGUUUCGGAACAUAAGUAGAAGGUGUAAGUGCCAGAGGAUAUCCGUGCAAAACAGAAGAAUAUGUGGGCGUUAAAAGUGAGGCAGCGAGUUUCGUUUCUCUAGACAAUAAGGAUAUGUCUUCUAUGGGGGACUGCUCGGAAUAUAGCAAUCCUCACCACCAUUCACAACAGCAGUCACACCAUCGACAUGGACACACUCAGCAACAACCGCAACAACAGCCGCAGCAGCAGCAGCAACAACAGCAUCAUCAUCAGCAGCAACAUCAUCAGGCCAAGCUAUCAGCUGCGUUAUCAUCCAACGCACUAUCACAUCACCAGGCCUCGGGACCGAUUCUACAAUCGGCCACCGGACCACCGAGUUCGAGUGCCACGCUUACCCGUGGCAGUCGUCGAUCGUCCUAUGGGCCCAGUCACUAUCAGCAACAGCUGGUGCAGCAAACCGUAAAUUUUCACGAUGGAUUGAGUUUGGGCGAUAACAUUUCCGUGGGCAGCGGCAGUAUUAUUAGCAACCAUUCCGGGCAACGAUACAUGCCUGACCUCCAGUACGGGACGCUUAGUAACCGGAUUAUCCAUCACAAUGAGCGGUACGUCAUUGACGAUAGCAGCUGUUUGCAGCCACCCUCUCCGGCUCCAAGCAACGAUCACUAUGUCAUGGGGAUGCCAUCGCCGUCGCCAACCACGGCCGCACAUCACUAUCCCGAUCGGCAUUUCACGCUUCAGGCGAGGACAAUGAGCCCAUCCAAAAAUAGAUAUCGUCACAGCCUGACUGAGAGCUAUCGCGACAUGUCACCUCAAUGCGAUCGGUAUAUUCCUCCACCAGCACAUUUUCUCAACACUACGAAUCCCCUCGCAGCUGCAGAUAGCUAUGGAUAUCUCAACUCUAACGUGCACACUCCGGUCAAACGCUACGUACCAACCCCUCCACCUCAAGAACCGACCUACCAGCCCCAAACCCAAUUGAUGACAGCACUACUCACUCAAACAGCUGUCAACGCUUCACAACAUAGAAACAAUCAUCUCACAAGUACCUUGCCGUACCGUUUCCGCGUGAAAUCGUGUCCCAACGAGCAAACCAUUUCGCCACCCCAGGGCUUCGAUACAUCCGAUCACUACGCCACGCCACCACGUGUUCGUCCCCAAAAAUGUCCGUCUUCCCUGACACCCAGCUGCUCAGCUUCUGGUUCCACCCUGUCCUCCCAAGCUGUGAACUCAGGACGUCAGUCCCGCCAGAGCACAGAAUACCUGAUAGCACGUACUCCCAGCACCGACUUUCUAGAUCAACCAUCAUGUCGUGUUGCCACUCCAGUAAGUGUAAUGAGCGAACCAAAUGGCAGUGCAUCAUGUUUGCAUUGUAACACACUACGUCGAGCCACUGGUGUUCAUCAGACCACACAAACCAGCGGUCCCAUAAGCCCACAGCCGUUGUCCAUUUCAUCAGCCACCGAAUCAACAGGUCGUCAAUCACCGAUGAGUCCAGCUUCCGUAUCAUCACCCAUCACUACAGUUCAAUCAUCGAAUAGUUUACAUCAGUCGCAGCACAAUCAUCACCAACCACAAACGCAGCAACAGCAGCAGCAACAACAGCACCACAUGCAGCAAGUUGCAUCCAACAUUAUGACCACAACGCAAUCACAACCGCAGAUAUCUUUAGAGAACUACAAUAGUAUGGAGCACAGAGAUAUUUCAACUAUUCCUCGAUAUCACGCCAAACAGCAACAGCAGAUGCCAUCACAACAACCGUCAGCACACUCAUCAGAACAGAGCAUCAUGACCAACAGUAACAGUCGUUCAAUACUAAUACAGUAUCAACAGCAGAAUGUUAUAUCACAGCCACCACCACAACAGCAACAAAUGCAACCACCGCCAGCAGUACAAUCCGUACCACCGCAGCAAAUGAUCCCACAACAGCCACCUCAAGUACAGCAACAGCCAUCGCAACCGUCGCAACCACAACCAAUGCCAGCACCUGUGGCACAAGCAUCACUUCCGGGGCCAUCAAUGCAGCCCCACUCGCCACCAAUGAGUGAUUCGCCGGCGUCCACAUUACAGCGUAAUGCUCAACAACAGAUAUUACGUCCAAUUGGGCCAAAUAUGUCACGCAAACAGCGUAUCAAGGAAUACAUGAAACACGAAACGGCCAAGUUCUUCGGUGUGGAUAAUCUCAAUGAAGAGUACGAAAGGCACAAAUGGGACGACCGUCAAAAGCGUUUCGCUAUCCGACGCUUUGGUCAGCUGAAGGACGAAUACGAUUUCUCCUAUCGCAAUAAUAACGCCAAUCAGAACGCUGUCGAAGAGCAUGCCCCUCCGGUAGACAGACCCGAUGUGCUGCCAGCCCAAAGCCAAGACGAGCGGGAUACGGAACAGAACCGUCGUCAACGCGCAAAUCCACAUUACACCUACGAUAACGGGGCUGACAACUUCAUGGUCAAAGCGGAACGAAAACCGUCGGUACCGACGGUUAUCUGGAAUGGCAUUUCAUUUCUGAUUCAAAGCAUUACCAGGAAACACCUGCGCAAACAAAAGCAAUGGUCGCGUAGUUUUGCUCCGGCACACGUCGAGCUGACAAAUGAGGACAACGAACACUGCGACGGUCUGCAGCCGAUCCAGGACGAGGAGGCAUUUUUCGACACUCCAGUUCCAACUGCCGGCCCACCACCAAAUCCGGGCCAAGUCGUGGAUAAUUCGCGACAACUGUUCGUAUCAGAUGGCGACCGUGGACUGGGCGGAACGGCCGGAAGCGGCAUUAUCAACGGCUGGCGAACACGAUCCUCCGAACUGCAACUGCAAGCUCGGGAAGGCGCUAGUGGAGCACUCGGUCAACGAAUCUCUUCGCACAUUUUGGACGGAGUGCUUGACAACUCAAUGCGACCAAUAGGAAACAAAGUUAAACUACUUAGACCAGAUCUGCUCGACGAUCGUUACGAUUAUAGACCUUUCUUUACGUACUGGAUUAAUACGGUUCAAAUUUUGGUGCUGGUUGUGUCAUUGAUUUGCUACGGUUUUGGACCCGUGGGUUGGGGGAUGGAGGACAAGACUGCUCAAGUGCUUGUCACCAGUUUGAACCUUCAAGAGGUUCAUCAUAGGGAAUCACGCAAUGUAUGGAUAGGGUUGAGAAAUACGGACAUUGUACAUUUAGGAGCUAAAUACGGAGCAUGCAUGAGGCGAGACUCCAGAAUAUCAGACGUUAUAGCAAAGACCAGGAAGCACGAAAGAGAAACGGCUUGUUGUAUCCGAAACGAUGAUUCCGGCUGUGUUCAGAGCUCGCAAGCGGACUGCUCAAUGCGCGGGCUGUGGCCAACGAAAACAAUUGCCACGUGGAAGAAGUGGUCUCCUGGUGACUCGGGUCCCGGGGGUCGCAUUUCCGGUAGUGUAUGCGGGCUGGAUCCAAAAUACUGUGAUGCUCCAGCGUCAAUUGCGCCGCACGAAUGGCCAGAUGACAUCACCAAGUGGCCCAUCUGUCGCAAGAAUAAUCAAUUUACGCAACGAUUCCGCUUCAAGGAUCACACCGCGGAGCACAUGGUGUGCGAAGUGAUUGGUCAUCCGUGCUGUAUCGGCGUCUAUGGUGAAUGCCGCAUCACAACUAGGGAGUACUGCGACUUUGCCUCCGGGUAUUUCCACGAAGAGGCUUCGCUUUGUUCGCAGGUAUCCUGUCUGAACGAUGUGUGCGGGAUGUUUCCAUUCAUCGCCAAUGAAUAUCCGGAUCAGUUUUAUCGCCUCUUCACGUCGCUUUGUCUACACGCAGGCAUCAUACAUCUAGCAAUCACCGUUGCCUUUCAGCAUUUGCUGAUGUCGGAUCUAGAGCGGCUCAUUGGACCACUGCGGAUGGCGAUUCUCUACAUCGGUUCGGGGAUCGCGGGAAACCUAACCAGUGCAAUAUUUGUGCCGUAUAAGGCUGAGGUUGGUCCACUGCCAUCGUUAGCUGGUGUACUGUCAUCACUGAUGAUACAGCUCGUACUGUGUCACUGGAAGAGCUUGAAGAAACCGCACGUAGCUAUGAUCAAAUUACUAGUUAUCGGAUGUAUAUUGUUCGGGUUCGGGACACUGCCGUGGCAGGCGAACUUUACCGGCCUGAUAGCCGGUCUUAUCUUUGGUAUUGGGCUGACGCUGACUUUCGUGCCGUUCGUGAACGUGGCGAAGCAUAGUAGGAAGAGCAAGGUUAAUCUUAUUUGGACAUGCGUGAUCGUUCAGCUGAUCAUCUACGCCGUGAUGUUCAUCAUCUUCUACGUCUUUCCCUUGCUAUUUUCCUCGUUCAACUUUAUCGACGGAAAUCAACUGACGGGUCAUGGAUCUGCCCAUGGCUACCAUGACCACUACAAUCUGUACGAAAGCUUUCCUAACUACAAUCCCAUGAGUGGCAACGGCCACGUCCACAACCAUGGUAGUGGUGGCGGAAUCAUUAACAAUGGAAAUCCGUACGUCACGACGUACGACUCGAACAACAAAUACAAAUCACUACCGGGCCACAAUGGCGGUAUCUUGCACAAUCAUCACGAGUACGGUGGGGGUGGCGGGGGCGGAGGAAGUGGUGGUAUCAGCAUGUCCGGCGGUAUCAAUAGGAUUAGCAGUAGCAACAAUAAUAAAAAUAAUAAUUUGAUGAAAGGAACUUUGUGUGAGAAGGGACAAUGUGUCCAACGUCAGCCGCGUAGCGCUGACACGAAUGCAUGACGUCGAUGUUUCCUCCUGUUUACGUCGUUGGAGUUACUUUUCGUCUUGUUUGUUCUGCUGGCCCUGUACGAUGUCGAUGAUUUCCAGGUCAUUUAUCAGUUCAUCAUGUGAUACAACCCACAAAGUAGUGACAAAAUAUUCAAAUUUUAUAUCUAACUUUCCAACCACAAUGUGAUCUUAAACCGUAUCUUAGUUGAAAAUACUUAGUUCAAAGGGGGCGUGUAGAAUUCGUAUGUACACCUUAAAUCGAAAAAUCAAAAAAAAAAAUAACGAAGCGUUACAUUAUAAGACACCUAUCACCCGGUUAUGCUUACGUUCCCUAAGUCCCGGUCUUUUUCCUUAACUUUACACGAUUUUCUAAUACCUAUAGUGAAUAUUAUCAUAUACAAAACACACAAAAACAAAAAAGUUUAAAAACAAGUGAAAAGGCAUGCGAUUGCGACGAAUGUGAGAAAACGAAACCAAUUCUUAGAAUUGCCCUCAGUUAGUUCGAAUAGCUAUCCUUCUAUGAUAUUGAUUGAACAUAAAUGAUAUGAAUUUCAGAAGAGCAAAAAAAACAAGAAAGCAAACGAAGUAAACAAGUAAAGUGAAUUUUGAUUUAUAAACUAACACAAGGAAACAAAAGAAAAAAAUAACAGAAAACAAGUCAAGGAAGAAGUGUACGCAAAUUCUAAUAAAACCUCUAUUUCAAUUUAAA